AUGAGUAUAGCAGAAGACUGGGUCGAUCCUGCAUCUUCUGAGAAUACAGAGCUACAAAAAGAUUUUUAUUAUAGAAAAAACGAACUGAAUAAUGAACGAAGAAGCUUAUUUUCUAUUGAGAAAGUCCAGCUGCAAUUUCCUGUUUCAAUACGUUGUUUAGCUGUCGAGAAUAACAUCUUGGUCAUGGCACUCACAAGCGAUAAACUGAUGAUUGUUGAUCUAGAAAAACCGGAAGAGAUUGUGGACAUUGAACUUCCGAAGAAAGCUUUAGCACUCGGACUCACAUAUAGAAUUUUCUUAGAUCCUUCAGGACGUUAUAUAUUUGUCUCAACAACAGCCGGUGAUAAUUGCCUGUUUACUCCUUCUCGGCAAGGUCGAGUUUUGACAAAGCUGAAAGGUCACACGAUUGAAUCGGUGAUGUGGAAAUUUAGUGAAAAUAAUAAUUUGGAACUACUACUUGCUUCUAGGUCUGGAGCUAUACUCGAGCUUGUUUUGACGUUAGAUGCAACUAAUGUGAAACGACUUGAAAAGUCUAUAAAUACUGUCUAUUCUUUUCCAGAGUCAGAAGCUCCCUUGGAUAUGUUGUUGUCAAGCCAAGAAGACGCUGAAAAGGACUACCUUGUGGUUGCUACUAAUCAACGACUCUUAAAGUUUUCAAAGGGAAAUAAAUUUAAUUCGGAUCAGCACUAUUUUUCUCCUUUCCUUCAGGGAGAGAUUAAUGAACUAUAUCAUAUAUCCGAUGAUGAAUGUGUUCAAUGCGUGUCACAUUCUCCCUAUCCCCAGAUUUCUGCUGAACCCUACACGAUUGCAAUAAAAACGAAUAAGAGGAUUGUCUAUCAUGAUCUUAUAAAUGAAACAUCUAGCUUGAUUCAAGAAUAUCAAUUUAUUGAGUCACCGCGUCUCUCGGUGUCAACUGUAGAAAUGAACUUGCUGCUCACUCCCUUUCAUAUAGCAGUUUUCGAUUUGGAUACUCUAUAUUUUAUCAACAGAAUUAGCCAAAAGGAAGUUUACCAACAGAAAGUUACCCUUUCCCCUCAUGAAGAAAUAUUAGGGCUCUCUUGUGAUCAUGAAAAAAACACAUAUUGGCUAUACACAACGGAGAGUCUUCAUGAACUGGUGGUCAAUAAUGAAUUGGGUGAUGUCUCUCUGGUAUUCUUACAGAAAGAAGAGUACAUAAAGGCUUUGGCAUGUGCUAAUACUCCAAAAGUGCGAAACACUGUUUUGGAUGGCUAUGCUGAUUAUCUAAUGAAAAUAGGCGAUUACGAAAAGGCUGCUACCUUUUUUGCUGAAACUCUUAAAUCGGUGGAAGAGGUUGCUUUGAGCUUCAUAGAAAUUGGGCAGAAAGAUGUUCUGAGACAGUAUCUGUGGAAAAAGGUAAAGUCUUAUAAAGCUUCUAUGAAGUUCCAACGAGAGAUUUUAGUAAAUUGGCUUCUGGAAUCAUUGUUGGGAAGACUAAACGAUUUAGAUGAAGAAGAGAGACUUGAGUUAUUUCCAGAUGCCAUAAUUGAAAAACGUCAACGGGUUUUAUUUGAGUUUUCAAGACUUUUAGCACAAUAUAAAGAUGACAUCAAUAAGGAACUCGCAUAUAAUCUUGCAAAUAAUUAUGGAAAAGAAGAACAGUUGCUGCAGAUCGCAACAGUGAUGAAAGAUCAAUCCUAUAUUAUGCAUUACUGGGUACAGCGAGAAAACUACGAUAAAGCACUAAAAACGUUAAAUGAGGGUGUGGAUCAGGAGACCCUUAUACAGCAUGCAACUGCUUUAUUAACCCAUCGUCCAAUGGAAACUGUAAGUAUAUGGGAGCGUCAGACAGAUAUGGAUGUUCAUGCUUUAAUACCGUCUUUGCUGAGCUAUAACCAACGUGCCCGAGUUUCUGUUGAAGAAAAUGCGGCAAUUCGCUACCUGAAAUUUGUAACUGGGGUAUUAGGGUGCGCAGAACCUUCUAUACAUAAUACUCUAUUUUGUAUUUACGCAUGUCAUUCUAGCUCAAAUGAGUCUUAUCUAAUGAAUUAUAUUGAACAACAAGGCGAUCAUCCUUUAUAUGACAUGGAUCUUGGAAUUCGACUUUGUUUGCAAUUCAAUUGCCGUAGGAGUGCUGUGAAGAUUUUAGUAUUAUUGAAAUUGUACAGUCAGGGUGUUGAAUUGGCUCUGGAAGAAAAGGAUUAUGAACUAGCUGCUUCCGUUGCAAAUAUGCCCGAGGAUGAUUUGGCGUUGAAGAAAAGUCUUUGGCGAACCAUUACGAAAGCGAUGUUUUCAUCAACGGAAAAUAUAAAAGAAUCAAUUAAAUUUUUAGAGCAAUCGAAUGUUCUUCCACUUACAGAACUUAUUCGACUUUUACCAGAACAGAUCUCUCUUGACGAUUUGAGAGAUAAUAUUUGUGACGAACUGGAAAGUUGUCGAGAACAAAUCGGGCAAUUAGGGCUUGAAAUUGACCAAGCAACGGAGGUUGCUGAAGCUGUACGUACGAAUUCCGACGAUUUAAAAAACAGAUAUAUUGUUCUUGACCAUAGUGAGCCCUGCUGGCACUGUCAUCAUCUGUUAUUCUCUGAGCCUUUUGUUUUGUUCCCUUGUCAACAUGCUUUUCAUAGACAAUGCAUGUUUAAACAUCGACUUACUAGUGUUUCUGAGAAUGACAUUUUAAAGGAAUGUCAGCUUUGCGGUCCUUCAUAUACUGUCCGGCUACUAGAUGAACCCUUUCCUGACACAUUUUGA